AAAACCUCAUAGAAGAUGAAUGUAAUAAAAAGCUUAUGCUCUUAAAAAAGGCAGAAGGAGGAAGCACGCCAACGUUACCAAACGAAAACACAAUCAAAACCCUUUCCCUAACUCUCUCUUUUUGUUUUUCCUUUUUUUUUUGUGUGAAAGGAAUUCCGAUGGAAGACGACGAUGAGUUCGGAGAUCUUUACACGGACGUUCUCAGGCCUUUCUCAUCAACAUCCACGACGAAGUCGUUGUCAUCUCUUGCUCCGCAGCCAUACCAGCCUUCUCCUACACCCACACAGCUCCUCCGUCCGAUCGAUCUCAACCUUCAGUCUCAACACGAUGGCAAUACGCUCUUCGGAGCUCCCGCCGCCCAAACCCUAGCCCCCUUUAAACCUCCUCCUUCUACCCCGGCUGUUCCUGCUGCGGCAGCUGCUCCGGAUUCGAUCCCUUCUUCCCUUGGUUCAGCUCCCGAACCAAUAGUUCUGGAUUCCAGACAUGAAUCGGCGGAUGGCAAAGAGCUUGAAUUUGAUAUUGAAGAGGGGGGUGGUAAUGGAAUUGAGGAUAUCGGCUCAAAUGAUCCGUUUAUCCCGGGUUUAACCGAAGCGGUUCGCCAGGAAGAUAACAAUAUUGGGAUUCGAGGCAGUCAAGCGGAAGCCGAUGGAGAAAGGGAUGAUUGGGACAGUGACAGUGAUGAUGAUCUACAGAUUGUAUUAAACGACAACCACGGCCCGGUGGCUAUGGAAACAGGAGGAAUGAUAGGCGAAGAUGAUGACGAUGACGAAGAUGGGGACCCGCUCGUGAUACUGGCCGAUGGAGAUGGAAACCAAGGGACGGCGGAGCAGGAAUGGGGCGAAGAAAGAGUGCAAGCGGCGGAUGGGGAGAAGAAAGAAGGGGGAGAAGCAGGGAAGGUCACCAGCGGCGGCGUUCUUGCACCAAAAAUUGGGUACAGCAGUCAUCUGUACCAUCCGUUUCAUUCUCAGUUUAAGUAUGUAAGACCUGCUGCAACACCAAUGCCUGGAGCCACUGCAGGUGGUUCUGGAGGAGCCCCAGGUCAGGUUUCUCCAAUCAUGGGUGCUAUGGCUGGUCGUGGUAGAGGUGAUUGGAGACCAUCUGGAAUGAAAGCUGGUCCUCCCAUGCAAAAAGGUUUCCACCCUAGUUUUGGAGCGCCUGGCUGGGGUAAUAACACAGCGGGGCGAGGUUUUGGUGGUGGGCUGGAAUUCACUCUUCCUUCUCACAAGACCAUAUUUGAUGUUGACAUUGACAGUUUUGAGGAAAAGCCAUGGAAAUAUCCUGGCGUUGAUCUCUCUGACUUCUUCAACUUUGGUCUAAAUGAGGAGAGCUGGAAAGAUUAUUGCAAACAACUGGAACAACACCGCUUGGAGACCACCAUGCAAAGCAAAAUUCGUGUUUAUGAAAGUGGGAGAACCGAGCAGGGUUAUGAUCCAGAUUUGCCUCCAGAAUUGGCAGCAGCAACUGCACAAGUGGCACCAGCUGCUGCUAAUCUUAUAAAGUCAGAUGGUGGACAAAAUGACAUGACAAAAGGAGCUGGUCGAGUGCGACCGCCACUGCCAACUGGAAGACCGAUACAGGUGGAGGGAGGUUCUGGAGAACGCCUCCCUUCCAUUGAUACUCGGCCACCUCGUGUACGUGAUUCAGAUGCAGUUAUUGAGAUUGUCUGUCAGGAUACUCUAGAUGAUGAUUCCUCUACAGGCAACGGUGUUGAUGGCCGAGCAGAAAAUGAUCUACCGAUGGAGGAUCUUAGAGGAGAUCUUGCAUCUGAAGCUGCGAUUGCACAUGAAGAUACUGAAUAUUUUGACAAUUCUCCAGAUGCUUGUAAAAGUCGAAAGAAGGAACUAGUUGGAAGGACUAUGAAUUUUGUUCAUGAUAAUGUGCGUGAAGACAAUGGGGUUUUGCCUUUCCCUGUGGAAGCAUCACGUCCAUAUGGUGCUGGACCUAGGGUUCAGAGUCCUAUGGGUCCUAGUGAAAACUCUGGCAGUCCUCCUGAUGGGAGGCAUCGGCAGGGAAGAGUACGUAAGAAGUCCCCUUGCAUUACACCUAUUCAUGGUGAACGUGAUAAUUUCAAUGAUACUGAUAGGGAAGAAUCUGUUGAACGCAUGGAUGGUAAAUCUCCUCGCGUAGUUAGAGAUCCCAGGGAGUCAAGUGUUGAGCAUAAGGAUCAUGUUGAUGAUGAACUUGAGCCAGCUGAUGGAAGCCCUGCUACAGAAAAGGAUGAGCUGAUAAAUGAUACCCAUAAAGAUCAGAAUUCACUUAAUCCCAUGAGAAAUGAAAAAACAAGUUCUCAAGCAGAGCAAUGGAAGCUUCGUGAACGUGAUGAUGAUGAGGAUUCUAGGGCUGCAAGGAGUAGUGAAAACAGCAAAGCAAGAUCUGGCAGCAGCAGAGAUUAUCAGAAGUCGCGAGAUGGUGCUGAGGAGGAAGUUGUUCAAGGUGAACGUUCUUCUCGCUUUGGGAUUGUCAAGAAGCAUCUUGAUGAAAAUGAUCAAAAUUUCCGGAGAAAAGGUCGCGAUGGGAGACUUGAGAUUGAAAGAAAUCGCAUGGUAGGUAAACCAGGAGAGGAUUCUUAUCCUCUUAGAGAUGUUGACGUUAGCUUGUCACAUAAUUUGCCCGUUAAAAAAGGGGGUUUUGGUAGGCGAAGGGAGAGUGACAACCCUGAUGGUACUUGGCAAUGGAGAGAAGAUGAUCCUUAUGGCAGAAAAGAAAGAGCUGAGGACCUAAGGAAGAGAGAUCAUGAUAAUGAAAUGGGUUCUAGGAACAGGGCUAAGGUUCGAGAAAGUGAGAGGAGUGACAAAGAUGAUUAUCCAUCUAGAAAACAAUUGGACAAUGGCAAUUAUAAGGAUGUCAGUGCGAGGCAUAGGGAAAGAGAUGAUAAUUUGAAGAGUAGGUAUGAAGCAGCAGAUGAUUACCCAAGCAAAAGAAGGAAAGAUGAGGAGUACCUAAGGAGGGACCAUACAAACAAAGAGGAGAUCCUGCAAGGACGUAGAGAAUCCAGUGGCAGUCGCAGGAAGCGAGAAAGGGAUGAAAUCUUAGACCCACGUAAGAGAGAUGAACAACGAAGAACAAGAGAGAAUUUUGAUGAACAUCAUUCAGCUCGGCACAAGGAUGAGGUUUGGUUGAAUAGAGAGAAGGUUGAGAGGCCACGGGAGAGGGAUGAAUGGCUUAGGCUAAAACAAUCCCAUGAUGGAAGUUUAUCAAAACGGGAGAGAGAGGAAGGACGAGGUACUGUGAGGAGUGGCCGUGGUUUAGAAGACAAAGCUUGGGGUGGACAUACCAGGGGAAAGGAUGAGUAUAAAGUUUCUGAAAAAGAAUACCAACUCAAAGAGACAGUACGUCACAGUGAACAGGCAAAGAGAAGGGAUCGGAAUGAUGACGAAAGUUCCUCACGCCAUAGAGGGCAUGAAGAUUUGUAUGUGCGUGGACACCAAUUUAGUAAUGAUGAGAGAAAAUCCAGGCCGGAAAGGUCAAGCACUCGGAGUGACCAUGGUUUCGAUGCUUCGGAUAGCCAGAAGGGGCAUGAGAAGAAACAUAAAGAAAACACUAGGAAGAAUAGAGAAUCUGAAGGUGGGAAUCAAACCACUUUGGGUUCUGCCAAGAAAAGCCAAGAAGAUUUAAGUGGUCACAACAAUGAAACGGGCUUGAAAAGUGAUGAGAAGAGCGCAAUACAUUAUAAUUCUUCCAGAAAACAUAAAGAAGAUGCUUCUUCAGAGGACGAACUGCGAGAGUCGAAACGAGGGCGCUCCAAAUUGGAACGUUGGACAAGCCAUACCGAGAGGGAUUACAGUAUCAACAGCAAGUCAUCAGCUUCCUUGAAGUUCAAGGAGACUGAGAAGAUUAAUAAUGUUGUGUCUUCCGAGUCUAACAAAUUUCCAGAUGGACCUGGUAAGUCAGUUGAGCCUGUUGAGCACUUUCCUCCUUUGUCUGACAAUAAAGGUGUUGGUGAGCCAGAGAUCAAGGAAGCUGAUACAAGACCAUCUGAGGAUCAGCACCUUGACACUGUCGAGAAGCUAAAGAAGCGAACUGAGAGGUUCAAGCUUCCAAUUUCUAGGGAAAAAGAUACCCUGGCAACAAAGACCGAGAAUGAGGCAUUACCUUCGACCGAGAAUGAAACUCCUGUAGAUUCAGAGAUAAAACAUGAGAGACCUGCCCGAAAACGAAGGUGGAUCUGCAACUAAUAGUGGAAUAAGCAACCUACAUUGUUGCUGUGCUGCCUUUUGACUUUUAACUAAUGGACCCCAAAGGUCCCUGUGCGGUGUAUUUUGAAAUGGCCAUUAUGUGGUUCCCAGGAUGGGGGAUUUACCACAGUUACAGUCGUACCUCAGUAUGCUAUUGUAACAGUGCUGCUGCCAUGUACCUUUUUAUUUCCGGAACUAUGUGUAUAUAUACUAGAGAACGUAACACUGAACUAGUCACAAAUGGUGGCACAGAUUCCAUUUGGAGUCCAAUUGAGAUGUGCUGAUGAGAUUAUCAGAACAUGUUGAGGGUCCUUUCUUCUGGCCUGUGUAAGAAGUUGGGGGGCAUCAGAGAUGAGGAACUUGUUCUGAUGCUUACAACUUUCCACUUUGAUAGCAUUUUGAAGUAUGAAGAAAAAACGGGUGGUACUAGCCAUUGAGCAGAUAAUAAUGGCUGGAGAAGAAGAUACAUGAAAGGUUGGUUGGUAUCUUUAUUUGUAUUAGUAUACCUUAGCUUGAUCAGGUUAUAACAAUUUUGUCUUUGAUAAUUUUUUUCACACAUUUCUUAAUUUUAGCAAUUACUGCAAAAAGCCUGAAGAUUGGAAUACUUUUGAGAGCUUCUUUUGUAAUUGAGAAGCAAUUUAACAAAAAAAAAAGUGAUAGAAAAGAAUUUGACUUUUUUGUCAUUUCCUUCCAAACUGUCAGUAUUUUUUUAUUGUUCCAUUCCGUGAUUGUUAAAUUUUGCUCUUAAUGAAGUAUUGUUUGAAGGUAUAAA